AUAACGGUAGCCUCUUCCGCCGGUCCCACAAUUGUCUCGGUUUGUGGACGUUUGCUGGAGUACAGCUGUUGGUAACGGGAAUUUGUCCGUUGUUUGAGACGAGUCGUAUGACACAAGGACGCUAGCAGCUAGCUAGCUAAGCUUAAAUGGGUUUUCGCGUUAAAAGAUGAUCGCCUCGCUUUCUAGAGGAAGUUUGCUGGAUGAGGUUCUUCAUGGGGGCUUCAAUGAGCAGCAGCUGGCAGCAUACGUUUCCUGGGUGAACUCUCAGCUGAAGAGGAAGCCAGGCCUGAACCCUAUCACAGACCUCAGGCAUGAUCUGCAGGAUGGGGUGGUGCUCACACAACUAAUAGAGAUAGUUGCAGGGGAAGUGCUGGAGGGAGUGUACAAUGCUCCACAAAACAAAGAGGAAAGCAGGAAGAAUGUGGAGCAAGUCUUGCAGUUCAUUUCCUCCAGGCACAUACGUAUGCCACACAUAUCAGCAAGAGAGAUUGUUGAUGGUAAUCUGAAAUCCGUAAUGAGGAUAAUUCUGGGGCUGGCUGCCCACUUCAAGCCCUCAGCCAAUCACAGGGCUGCCUCGGGAAGUGGGAGGGGUUUGACGAGAGGCUCUGCCAGCCACAACCCUCUCUCCACUGUUGCACUAGCACAAGGUGCUGCUGCUGCGCUGGCGUCAGCACGACUUGAUGCCUCACAGCCUGCACGUGCCACACGUAUUCACAGUGGCUGGGGGUUGGAUGUGGAAAAGAGUGUGUGUGUUCGUGCUCUGGUUGAGCAGUAUGAAAGAGGAUCUCCGGAUGAGCAGGACAAUCCUCAGCCAAGCAGCCUCAGCUCCGUCAGUCCACUGUCAUCUCCAAGAGCUCCACCCAGCAGCCACACAGACAGACAGCAGGAGGACUGCCAACAACAGGAGAUCAGUGCCGAGUCAUCUCAUGUUGCAGUGGAGACGGCUUGGGAGGAUUCUCUCAGUGAAACUUUGGAGAAGGAGAUGCAGGACACACGAAAAAUGGUGUCUGCUUUGCAGGCCCUGCUGCUGCAUGGUUCGCUGCCUGAGGAUGAACAGGAUGCGUCUUUGAGUUUGGACCAAGGCACCACUGAGCAGCAACUGAUAAUCAUUCGCAGUCGUUUGGAUCAGAGUAUGGAGGAGGCUCAGGAGCUGAAGAGGGAACUGUUACGCUGUAAGCAGGAGAUGAGAAACCUGCAAGGAGUCAAGGACGCCCAGCAGCAGAGGCUGUGCACUCAGGAGGCAUCAAUACUGCAGAUGAAGCAAGAGCUUCUCAGAGCCAGCAUUACGAAGGAUGAACUCAACAACCAGAACGCAGAGCUGCAGUGGAAGCUGGAGGAAUCUAACAGGCUGUGGGGUGAAUGCAAGAAGGAGAUCAGCCAGAAGGACAGACUACUGCAGCAGCUUAAAUAUAAGCUUGAAGAAAGCCAAAAAAAGCAGAGUGAAUUGCAAGGACAGUUGGAGCAUAAAGACAGCAUGCAGAUUCCCACCAGCACAGAAAAUAAUGGCUAUUCUUACUCUGAAAGUCCAGCUCCCUCAAUGUCAGAUGCAGAGGAGGUUCAGCUGCUCAGAGAUGCUCUUAGGAGUUUGAGGAACAACUUCAGAGAUCACGACCCGCAGCACCAUACACUGGACACCCUGGAGCAGGGCAUAGUAUCACUCAUCGACAGACUGCAUGUUCUCCAUACACACAGGGGAAGGGGGAAAUCUCCAAGACGCAAAGGUCAGCACACAGACUCUGACACCUGGCCUCUCACAAAGGUUUGUCAGUCCCACAGUGGUUCUUCAGCCUCCACUAAAAUCCUUUAUUUUACUGGAAAAUCCCCAACGCCUCACAUGAUCAAUAUUCCAAAGAGGCUUGGCGAGGUGACUCUCAAGGAUGUUAAGGCAGCUGUGGAUCGAGAGGGAAACUACAGGUACCACUUCAAGGCCCUGGACCCUGAGUUUGGCACUGUGAAAGAAGAGGUAUUCCUGGAUGGUGCAAUCAUUCCUGGCUGGGAAGGCAAAAUAGUGGCCUGGGUAGAAGAGGACCGUGGCGAGGAAAGGCCAUUGUAACGCUGAUUGUAACGUCACGCUGAGGAGCCGUGACACCUGUUUUGCUCCUGCUUCCUCUGAUCCCAGAGGCUCAUCGAGACAACUGUUCAGAACAGAGGUGGACACUUUUUGAGAUUCAGACUGUUAGUAACAUAUUGCAGGCUUGUCAGCAAGAGAUUUGGGUUGAUCAGCUGGUAUUGAAGCAUACUGAUGAUGUAAAUCUGCAACCAACGUGUAGAAUAUCGUAAAGCUCGGUGCCUUACAAAAGAAACUGCUUCCAUCAUGUGCUUAUUACUGCCAGGCUGUAACUGUAGUAUCAAAACUGGACUCAAAAGUAGACAAACAUUAUUUUGAAUGAACUGUUUCUAAAACCACAGUACUGUAGUUGUUUCACAUGUAGUUUCCUUCUGGUUUGUGUUAAUUGGAAUUUAGUUCAUUUUCAAGUGCUCGGCAUCACUUUUCCUUUCUUGUGCAGCAAUGUAGUAUUUAAAACAAAUACUACCAGAUUACAUGUUAGAAAUAUGUAUUGCCUGUUGUUCUUUAGCCCAGCUACGUUUCAGUCUCGAUUGUGAAUGUGAAGUUAAUACACAGUAUUAUCGACCAUAGCUAGAAAGAAGAAAAUAUCUGGGUUAGAAGGAAAUACCACUUAAUGACACAGGUGUUACAAGAAUAGAAAAAGUCAGACACGCCGACUAAUACAGUGACCAGAUACCAGCUUGUAUACCUAUUACUAUGUUUUGUAUUAAAAACACAUAUCAGACAAGAGUAAAAAAGAAGGGUGAUGGUCAUAAGGAGAUGUCCAAACAGAAAAUUCUAUUCCAAGAACAACAAAACGAAUCAGCUAUUCAGCCAGUUCAGUUCAGUAAAUAGGUCCAAAUUCAGAUGUGGGUUUAAAUGCCAGUCUGCAUCACACCAGCAUGCGAGUGUGUAAACUGACCUGCUGUCAGUGAAUAGAAAUGAUGCUGGAACUUUGAUGGAGAAAUGUACAUGAACAGCACUGUUACUUUGUUUACGUUAUGAAAUUGUUUUGUACAUGUGUGUAAAAUAUUUUCACCAUAUCCUUAAAUUUUUUAUGUUUAUGUCUCCUAAUUGUUUAAAGAGAGAGAUUUUUGUGAAGUGACAAAAAGAUGCUGUGGAUUCAAACUUGACAUCAGACAUUUUUGAUGAGACUUUUUUUCCUGGAACUAUGGACCAUCCCACUAUUUAUGGUGUGCGUGUGAAUGUGUGUGUGUGUGUGUGAGAGAGAGAGAGAGAUCAGGAUGGACCUUUGACAUGUAAAUGCCUGAAGAACAGUGGUUCAAGCUGUUCUACUUGAUGCAGUAAAAUGCUCAGCUGUCAGUGUUAAGACCCCUGAGGCCUUUAUGAGAAACUGAGAGACUGAAACUGGCCCACAUAUACAUUUUCCUUCACUCUGCUUCUGUCUUCCCAUUUGGACUGGGAACGCCUUCACUAACAAGCCAACAGAAACAUGCAUCAGUCUACUGAAUGCCAUAACUGCCUGUAAUGUAAAAUGUACAACUGGAUAUUUAGUAUUUGUUUUGUUUACUGAAAGUUUCACAAAAUAUGGAUACUGUCUGUUUAAAAGAAUAAAAAUGGCUUUUGUUGAAUGUUAGAAAGACAGAUAUUUUUAAAUAAAUUGCUUUCAAAAAUGUCAAAAAAGUAAUUGUUCCAGUUUUUAUUGUGGUU